GUCUACAUCAUCCGGGUCACGUGGUCCAGCGGCUCCACUGAGGCCAUCUACCGGCGCUACAGCAAGUUCUUCGACCUCCAGAUGCAGAUGCUGGACAAGUUUCCCAUGGAAGGAGGACAGAAGGACCCCAAGCAGAGGAUCAUUCCCUUCCUGCCAGGCAAGAUCCUCUUCCGACGAAGCCACAUCCGGGACGUAGCCGUCAAGCGCUUGAUACCCAUAGAUGAGUACUGUAAGGCUCUGAUCCAGCUGCCCCCCUACAUCUCCCAGUGUGAUGAGGUGCUGCAGUUCUUCGAGACAAGACCUGAGGACCUGAACCCUCCCAAAGAGGAGCACAUUGGGAAAAAGAAAUCUGGGGGUGACCUGACCUCAGUGGACCCCAUGGUCCUGGAGCAGUAUGUGGUGGUGGCCAACUAUCAGAAGCAGGAGAGCUCAGAGAUCAGCCUCAGCGUGGGGCAGGUGGUGGACAUCAUCGAGAAGAACGAGUCAGGCUGGUGGUUCGUCAGCACUGCAGAGGAGCAAGGCUGGGUCCCUGCAACGUGCCUCGAAGGUCAGGAUGGGGUACAGGACGAGUUUUCACUGCAGCCUGAAGAAGAGGAGAAGUACACAGUCAUCUACCCAUACACAGCUCGGGACCAGGAUGAAAUGAAUCUGGAGAGAGGAGCCAUGGUGGAGGUCAUUCAGAAGAACCUGGAAGGCUGGUGGAAGAUCAGGCACCAGGGCAGAGAAGGCUGGGCCCCCGCCUCAUACCUGAAGAAGAGCAGUGGGGAGCCCCUGCCUCCCAAGCCGGGGACCGGCUCUCCUGCCCACUCGGGCACCGACUUUGAUGGCAUCUCCCGGCAGCAGAACGCCGCAGGCAGGGACAAGGAGCUGCUCAAUAACCAGAGGGACGGCCGACUCGAAGGCCGUGCGGCACCCGACAGUGACUCUAAGCAGCGAUCACCAAAGAUGAGGCAGAGACCCCCUCCUCGCCGGGACAUGACCAUCCCUCGAGGCCUCAACCUCCCUAAGCCUCCCAUCCCACCCCAAGUGGAAGAAGAGUAUUACACUAUCGCUGAGUUCCAGACAACCAUCCCAGACGGCAUCAGCUUCCAGGCAGGCCUGAAGGUCGAGGUGAUCGAGAAGAAUUUGAGUGGCUGGUGGUACAUUCAGAUUGAAGACAAGGAAGGGUGGGCCCCGGCAACCUUCAUUGACAAGUACAAGAAGACUAGCAAUGCCUCGAGACCCAACUUUCUGGCUCCCCUGCCCCACGAGGUGACCCAGCUCCGUCUCGGGGAUGCUGCUGCCGUGGAGAACAGCUCAAGUGGUGAAGCCACCGGCCCCUCCCGGCCGCUGCCCGAUGCUCCACACGGCACCAUGGACACCGGAACGCCAUGGACCAAGGACUGGAGGGGUGGGAAGGAGGCCCCAAGGAAGGCAUCCGCAGACACAUCUGCAUCGGCGGGCUACGAGGAGAUCUCAGACCCCGACCUGGAGGAGAAGCCCAGCCUCCCUCCACGGAAGGAGUCCAUCCUCAAGUCGGAAGGGGAGCUGCAGGAGCGGGAGCGGCAGAGGACGGAGCAGCUGCGAGGCUCGGCGCCCAAGCCCCCGGGCAUGAUCCUGCCUAUGAUCCCGGGCAAACACACCCCCCCAGCCCGGGAUGGCAAGAGACCGGAUCCCAAACCCGACAAAAGCAAGUUGUUCCAGCUGAAGAACGACAUGGGGCUGGAGUGUGGCCACAAGGUGUCGGCCAAGGAGGUGAAAAAGCCCAACCUGCGGCCCAUCUCCAAAUCCAAGGCCGAUCUGCCAGAGGAGAAGCCAGAAACCCUUCCCCAGAAUCCCUUCUUGAAGUCCAAACCUCAGGUCAGGCCAAAGCCAGCUCCCUCCCCCAGGACUGAGCCACCUCAGGGCGAAGACCCAGUGGACAUCUGUAACCUCAGGAGCAAACUCAGGCCUGCCAAGUCCCAAGAGAAGUCCUUGUUGGAUGGGGAGAUAACCCAGGCUGCUGGGGGCCAAGACAUGGCCUUCAGCCGGGGCUUCCUCCCAGGGGAGGGGCCUGGCCGCACCCAGGACAGGGCAGGCAAACAGGAUGGGCUCGGCCCAAAGGAAACAUCCUGCCGGGCCCCUCCGAAGCCAACCAAGACCACAGAUCCUGCUCCUAAGAACGUGCCUGUCCCCCUCCAAGAGGCUUCCCAGCAGAGACCUGUGGUCCCGCCCCGGAGACCACCACCCCCUAAGAAAACCUCCUCAUCGGUCAGGCCCCUCCCAGAGGCCAGAGGCCCACUGCGUGAAGCCCAUGAAAGCAAGGCUGUUCCCACCCCCAACCGUGCCCUGCUGGUCCCUCCAAAAGCCAAGCCUUUUGUCUCCAACUCCUUGGGGGUCCAGGAUGAUACACGAGGCAAGGCUGGGCUGGGGCCUCGGGGGACCAGCAAGAUGGGCGAGAGGGAGAAAGCUGCCGCAGCCUCCUUCCCCAGCACCGAUGGCCUGAAGGACUCCCUAUACGUGGCUGUGGCCAGCUUCGAAGGAGACGAAGAUACCAGCAGCUUCCAGGAGGGAACGGUGUUUGAAGUCCGAGAGAAGAACAGCAGCGGCUGGUGGUUCUGCCAGGUCCUGAGCGGAGCCCCUUCCUGGGAAGGGUGGAUUCCUUCCAACUAUCUCCGAAAGAAGCUGUAG